AUGUCAGCAGCAGAAUAUUACAAAGGAACAUCCAAUUACCAGGCUCAGUAUUCUAGCCCCGUGGGACCACCACCAGGCCACCAAAGUGAUAACAGGGGUGUUUUCAGUUCACAUAACCAGCAACAACCCCCUCAACAGGCAUACUACGGCCAACAACAGCAGCAAUACUACGCCAGCCCUCCUCCAAAUUACAACCAGCAGCAGCACUUUCAGCAGGGCUAUCAGCAGCAGCCAGGCUACUAUAACCAACAACAACCGGUUUAUGUGCAGCAAAAACCCCCCACAAACAACAACUCAGACUGUCUGACUGCCUGUCUGGCAGGUAUGUGUCUAUGCUGUACGCUGGAUCUUCUAUUUUGA